GAAGCAUCCGAAAUGAUACGAUCAGAUUAUCAAGAAUAUUGUCGAGGAACUACUUGAUGCAUAACAUUCAUAAUUUCUACGAAGAACUUAAUCCAAAGAUUUAUAAUAAUUUAGAACAUCAAAACUUAUAUAUAUUGAAUUUAGAUUGUGAUUAUGCUAUUGAUGUUUUACGACAGGCGCACUCGAAAAGAAUGUUCGUCGCUCCGGCAAAGUGGUUGCUUUUUCAAGAUCGAAAAACCAUGACUGGUAACGAUGAUAACGUCAAUUCAACUUUUACAUAUGAUGACUCUGUGUUGGAAAUCUUCGAGGAUUUGGCGAUUUAUCCUGAUAGCGACGUGAUCCUCGCGCGAAGAUUCGAUGGCGAUUUUCUUGAAUUAUUAUCCGUAUAUCGACCAAGUCCACAGAGAGGUGUAAUAUGGGAAAAUCGUGGAAAUUGGACGAUCGAGAAUGGUUUACAAAUGAGCACUUCCGAUGUGGCUUCAGCACGAAGGAGAAAUCUUCAACAGACGGCUCUUAAAUCUUGUAUCGCGAUGACGGAUCUUAAUACCAUCAACCAUUUGACUGACUUCAAGGAUAAAUCCGUAGAUCCUGCCACAAAGGCAGGAUAUCCUUGGAUACUGCAUUUAGUGAACCGAAUGAAUGCAACGAUAAGUUUCGAAGUCACGAACAACUGGGGAUAUCGCACUGAGAAUGGUUCUUGGAGCGGAAUGAUCGGGAUGUUGGAACGGCGUGAAAUUGAUAUCGGUGGUACCGGCAUAUCUCUCACGCCGGAACGUAUUGGUGUUGUACAAUACAUCCAAUUGUAUAUACAUACGGGUUUGCGUUUCAUAUUUCGGCGACCUUUACUGUCGACUGUGAGCAACAUAUUUAUUCUGCCUUUUCAACGAAAUGUCUGGAUAGCAAUUGCAGUAUUUCUUGUUUUGGUUUUUUGUUUGCUCUACUUAUCCAUCAAAUGGGAAUACCAUCGCGGUAGAGCGACAGAAUCAGCAGCCUACUGGAAUCAGCUAAAUCCCACCAAGCCAACAGUCAGCGAUAAUUUUCUCAUUCUUUUAGGCGCAUUUUCUCAGCAAGGAUAUUGGUACGAACCCUUCAGAGUUUCGUCUCGAAUUGUUACUCUUAUGUUAUUACUGGCCUCGCUGAGUUUAUAUGCGGCUUAUACAGCGAAUAUCGUGGGUUUGCUGCAGUCUACCACGGAUUCUAUCAAAACUCUUUCGGAUCUUUUAGACAGUCUUUUAGACAGUCCUUUAAAACUGGGUAUGUAGGAUGUAGUAUACAAUAGAUAUUUUUUCAAGUCUUUCCAAGAUUCCGUUAGGAAGACAAUCCUAGAACAGCGAAUCGAGCCGAAAGGAAGCAAAUAUAACUGGAUGCCUAUGGAAGAAGGUGUACGUCGCGUAAAAAACGAACUCUUCGCAUUUCAUGGUGAAUUUGCUGCGAUUUACCAACUGAUGCAAGACACAUAUUUGGAGGAGGAGAAGUGCGGUUUGUCCGAAAUCGAUUUCCUAAAUCUCAUAUAUCCUGCUUUUGUGAUACAAAAGCAAUCACCUUACUUAGAGAUAAUAAAAACUGGAGCUUUAAAGUUGCGAGAAUACGGACUUAAAUAUCACGAGGAAUAUCACUUAUAUACGAGGAAACCAGUAUGUUCGAGUCAAACUAGUUUCAUCACUAUCGGUUUCACAGAAUGCUACUUCGCCCUGGUCAUAAUGGGUUACGGAAUACUUUUUUCUAUAAUCAUAUUUGCGUUCGAGUUAUUGUGGCAUAAGAGGCAAACUAUGAACGCGAUUAAAGAAGUGUCAAAUGCAGAAACUAACGUUAUGGUAUAUCUUGAUUAAAUGCCUGC